AUCCUUGGGCGCUUGCCGUUCGCGGCGUGGCUGCUGCUGCCUGGACUCGUGUGUGUGUGAAACGCUGCUGCCGCCGCGAGCACCGAAUCACCGCCACGCGCGCUUUCUCUCGCAGCUUUGUAGGCGCGCACGCGCACGGAAGGGAGAGACACCGGCUUUUUUUACGUUCGCGCGAGCACGCCGCCUUUCUCCGGGAAAGAGCUCCGCUACUACAAGCGGCGUCGUCUGCUACAACGCCGCCGCCAACCAACAACGUCGUCUGCUACUGAAGUUGUUACGUCUGCCGCCGAUCAGUCAACGUCGUCGCUCGAAGCUCGUCGUCCAAACUCUGCUGAUAUGUAACGGUGCCGUAACUUUAGGCAUUGUAGUGACAUUAACGUGUAGAAGUGCCUCUUCGAGCGGAUUUGUGGGAUGCUGUCGACUCUGCGCGAACGUGUUGUUGUACGACUCCAGUGAUGUUUCAGCUUCCCUGCCACCGCAGUCGCCUUCUGUAGGAUUGUCGUCGCGGACACUUUUUUUUCGGAAACAUAAUCGAGGACUUUUGUCGCUACUUCGGCAUUUGUUCGGUGCAUCAAGUUCUUCAGUUCUCAUCAUCCUCGCCGCCUGACUGCCCCGUCUCUGCAUUCUGAUCCGCAUCGCAGCCGAAAGAGGUCUGCUUCGAAGUGCGUCGUCUGGAACACAUGUUUGUCGUCUGCUAGCUCCUGUCUGUGCCGUCUGGUGCCUACGGUGGCAUCACUUGGUGAUGGUUCCUGUGACGGCGAAAUUCACCGGCUGGUUGUACCGCCUGUUCAAGAAAAUCAUCUGCCACGUGAUCCGUGACUCGUCGCUGGUGCCUUUCCCGGACCACCGAGACGACGGGACUCCGGGUGAUGCGGCAAGACCCGGGGCAGUGGCCAGCCGUAGAGGUGCAGGCUGCCACGGCAAGAUGUGGACGGUGCGCCUGGAGGGAGGGCCACGUCGCGUGAACCACGCGGCCGUGGCCAUCAACGGCAAGGUCUACUCGUUCGGCGGCUACUGCACGGGCGAGGACUACAACACUCGCAAGCCCAUCGACGUCCACGUCCUCAACACAGUAUCCCUCCGGUGGGCACUGGUGCAGACGCAGUCGCACCCGGACGAUGUGCCCUUUCAGAGGUAUGGCCACACUGUCGUGGCUUACGGGGACUACGCCUACCUGUGGGGUGGUCGUAACGACGAUGGAGCGUGCAACAUCCUCUACCGGUUCGACACCAACACCCUAACGUGGAGCCGCCCGAAAGUGUGCGGCCAUGUGCCGGGUGCGCGGGACGGCCACUCGGCGUGUGUCAUGGGCAACCGGAUGUACGUGUUCGGCGGCUUCGAGGAGCAGGCCGACCGGUUCUCGCAGGAUGUGCAUUACCUGGACCUGGAGACCAUGCUGUGGCAGUAUGUGCCGACCAGGGGCCAGCCCCCGCAGUGGCGGGACUUCCACUCGUCCUCGGCCAUCGGCGGUCGCAUGUACGUGUGGGGCGGCCGCGGGGACAGCCAGGGCCCGUACCACUCGCAGAGCGAGGUCUACUGCAACCGCAUGGCCUUUCUGGACACAGCCACCUCUUGCUGGGUGCACCCGCGCGUCGACGGCGUGCCCCCCGAGGGACGCCGGAGCCACUCGGCCUUUGUCUACAACGGAGAGCUGUACAUCUUUGGAGGCUACAACGGGCUCUUGCUGACCCAUUUUGGGGACAUGCACAAGUAUGAUCCAGAGAACUCGUGCUGGAGUCAAGUGAAGAUCCAGCGAGAUGGCCCAUGCGCCAGGAGGCGCCAGUGCUGCUGCAUGGUCGGCGACCGGCUGUUUCUCUUUGGCGGCACAAGCCCGACACCCAACCAGGUGGCCAGGCAGCGGAUGGAGGAAUUCGACGCCAAUGAUCUGACGCUCAUGGAUCACUCAGAUCUGCACGUGCUUGACUUUGCACCAACGCUGAAGACCCUGUGCCUGCUGGCUGUCAUAGAUGCACGCAUGGACAUCAGCCACUUGCCACAAGACAUCAGGUGGGAGAUCAGUGCCAUGACAACAAACAACAGCAUCUCGCGCCCAUCGCAGACGACGGGUUGAGUUUCCCCCCCCCCCCCCCUGCCACAGUGAGGCAUUCCUGUGGUGUAGCCGCCGGCGAUGGGUGGCAAAGGUUGUACAUAAGUGGCGACGUGCAUCACCAGGCCAUCUCCUUCUCACCUGGUGGACGAGGCGGAGCUCUGGACACCACGCUCGUCAGGAGGCGCACCAGUUUGGUGAUCUGGUGAUCACCGAACUGGAGUUCUUGGUGAUCUCGGAGAGGGGGGCAUCAGAAAGAAAAGAAUGCAAACACGUUCCUCAAGCUCUUGGAAAGGGUUGUGUCUUUUGAUGUUCCCAGUGUGGUUGUGAAAGCAGCGAUUGCUGGCGAUUGUUGUUCUCUAGAGCUGGCUGAUCUUUCUUUUUUUCCUGUUCCCCAUUGAGGUUUCGCCGAAACUUUACACCACCAUGCUUGUGUGUGUGCGUCUUCUGGUACUGAAGACGAAAUCCACUUCUGUUCAAAGUUGUUUUGAGUUGUUGUCCCUGGAGGAAGUAGGCACAGUGGUAUUUUGGGUUUUUGUACAUAGUCUUGUUUUGUUUCCCCCCCCCCCCCCUUUUUUUUUCUUUGGAGGUAGAGAAGCUCAACUGAAGAGAGCUGUAGAACCAGCUGAAAUUUUUUUUUUCUUUUUGCUGAAUUUUCAAAAGUCAAGAAUUCAUUUCUCUUUGGAGAUUUCUGUAUAGUAGUUUUUUUUUUGUGUGUGUGGGACAGGUUCCUUAUUUAAAUAGAGGUGCGCAAAUAUUUCAGUUUGCCCUUCCAGUUUGCUAUUAGACGAGUGCUAACCAUUAGUUAGAUGGCGUCAUGCAGCUGGUACUAAUCUGUGACAGAUCAACCAUUGCAAAGUUGUUGUUUUUUUUCAUUCAUUGAUGUGUUUCCAAGUCAUUGUAUGCUAGAUGAGUAUGAACUGUUAAGUAUGAAAUGACGUCACUGACUAAUAAGGAAGUCUGAACCAUAAGGCAUUGCUAAAUUGAUGUGGCACGACCUAGGCUGGCUUGAUUGGUUGAAUCAUGGUUGGUUUAAACACGACUUCAAUGGGGGGGAGAGCUUCUUGCUUUUCAUCAAAAGUCAUGCCUAAGGGUAUCGUGUGCUAUGUGAAAAUUAAGCAUUAACGCCUAGGCACGUGACGGAUGGACCUGACCAUGUUAUGGUAAUCUUACUGUGAAUCGUAACUUAUAGACAUGUAAAUAGACUUUGUUUAGACGAGGCGCACAAUUCCUUGUGGUUCCCGUGGAGUUUUUAUUACACUCAAAGCGGGGGGUGCCGUGGCAUCAUAGCAUGCACAAAACAUGGUACGAAGUGUAGGCUUUGGACUGGCAUCUUCCUUGAGGCCAAAGACCUCUUGAAGACGUCCUGUGAGGGCAAAUGUUAGUCCUGCACAAAGGCUAAGCGACUAUUAGGGUACUGUUUAAGUAUUCAUGCUUUCGUGCUAUGGCUUUCGCUUGCACCAAACGUGAACACUUACCGCUGGCAAGUUGCUGAAUUUUGAAGAAAGUUUACAUCAGGGCCCUCAUUGUUAGCAUGUAAUUUUUAUUGUACGUUUGUUUUCUUCAUUUGCUUGAGCAAACAUCAAUGCAAGGUGAGGUCCAAAUUUUGACGGCAACCCGUCUGGCUGAGAGAAUACAUGUUCUCCAAAGACACAAAAUUGAAGCACAGACAAGAAGAGUAGCGAAAUUUAAUGAAGUUCAUUAAAUGAAGUUCGUUUUGUUCAUAAUUUAAUGAUGCUGAAACGUCAUUAAAUUUCACUACUCUUUUGGUCAUUGCUUCACUUCACAUCUUUGGAUAACAUCAGAACAAGGUGUGCCAUUUCGGAAGGGCCAAGUGAACAUAAGGUCAAGCAGUGUCCAAGCCAAGCCAGGCCUUCUACAUCCUGGCAUUCUUCUGUUUCCACAGCACUCUCUUUAAAAAUUCAAGCUGGUGUAGAUGGCCAUUCCACAUGUCUCUCUAGGCUGCAUUUUAUAAAACUCUUGUCAGUUCCCAAGCAUCUCGUGGGAGGCUGACUUCUUUGUUCUGCUCAAGUUGUACAAGUUCAUUUGGCACUGUGCAUUGCUCAUUUUCCUGAUUUGGUAGGUGAAAUUGUGUUCAUGACUGUAAAUUAGAAGGUUCUUGCGCGGACCAGUCAGCCAUAAAAGGAAUACACACGAGACAGGAGCGUGUCCAUGUAUUAUUUGUGUAAUCGUCAGGUUUGUGCAAGAAUGUUCUUGUUUGCUACCAUGCACAAACUAACUCAGCAACGUGUCCUCCUUGUGUUCAUGGAUUGGAAUUGAAGCGACAGUUCUAGUUUGAGUUAUAAACAGGAAGGUUAUUUCGAAAUGAAUUGCACUUGAUUCCUUAACCCUUUGACUCCCAAUCUUGACCUAUAGUCAUCCCAGCAGUUUGUACCAGUAUUGCAGUUCAUACCAGUAGUACUAGCACUUUAUGCUGGACAUCUAGGUCUCCCUAAUGACCACUGCUACUUGAGUGGUUUAAACUUGCUGGUACUGGUAUGGUAGUACUGCUUCUACAAGUCCUGUUUGUCCAGGUUACAAUUGCUAUUUUACCUUUUCUUGUCAAAAGUGAAACACGUGUCAACUCAGUUGACGCUGUGCACGAGACUGUUGGCGCAUGUGUAUUUGGUCAGGUGUUAUCAUGUGCCCACACAAUCAGAGUAGAACCUUAUGGAUGCAUUCCCAAGUCAUGUAAUUUCACAAUUUGUGCUCUCAUGGAUGAGGGUUCUGAAAAUGUCCUAUUUAGACUAUACAAUCUAAGUAUGUUUUUCCUUGCAUUGUGUCUCAAAGUGUAUCAACAAAAUUCUAGAGUAUAUCCAAACUUGCACGUGCGCUGAGGGAAAGCCCCUAUACUAUGUUUUCCUUCCUGAGUAUUCGGGAUGAAAUCAAGGAUAUACAGUGUGUGUAGGUGAAAAAAUUCUUAUGGAAUAAAGAAAUUGUGAAGUUUUGUACGCCUAUUUGGGGAAAAUUUUGGGAGUUAAACGGUUAGAAUAAUACAUAUUAUUCGUGCUUGGAAUGGAUUCAGGCGUGGCCUUGUCUUGAGGACAUAACGUAGUGGUGACUGAAACCAAGCCAACCUGGAACAUUUGCGUCGGGAAUUUUUUCGUUGAUGUUUAUUCCUGUUUAAGCUAUUGGUCUCCCAAGAUGGAUUGUUGAAGAAAGGUAAACAUUCACUUGAGAUCCAACAAAAUGUGCUCUGCAAUGUCACAUGGAUACCUCCGUCCGAGUAUUAAUAGCGUUGUACAUGCAGCAGACAUCAAGCUGUAGCAGCUCGCGACUUAGACGCCAAGUGAGGCAUAAAGGCAUCCCGUGACGUUGUCACGCUUUUGUGACAUUCAGCCUGGUUUAUCAAGCUGUCUGGUGGGAUGCUUGCACAUGCAAAAGCUGUUGACAAUAGGACAACUGCAGUCAUCUCCCAAUCAGCCUAGAGCUGCAUAUUUCCUUCGAAUGUGGAUUGCCACUCAUUUUGUUUUCUUAAAGCUGGUUUAUGGAUCCAUAUGGAAUGCGAAGGAAAUAAGAGUGAAGGAUAGGAAAGUACAGUAACUGGCUUGGUUGCACAGGAUACGUCUAAACUCGCUUUUGAAAACCAUUUACCGGUUUUUAGGGGCCGUUUACCAAUCUUCGAUGCUGUUAACAUCUAGAUUUGCAACUUCAGCUGUAAGCGAGAAUGAAAUCUUGCUGUACAGUUCUAUUCGUUUAUAAUGAAAACAGGGCAAGUGCUUGUGUCGAUGGGACUUGUUCGUUGCAUCCUGUACGGUAGACUUGAAAACAAUUCAAAAAUAAAAUUGCAGCUGAUUCAAAGAGAUCUGUAAGUUUUGUUUUGCAUGUUAAUGCAUUUUAAAGCAGCACGAUUAUGAAUCGUCGAAGAAUUACUCAAUGUUAAAGCGUUUUGGCUUCCCAGAGCCAAUCAAAGCGGUAAGCACUGCUGAUGAGCGAGCAUACAUUAGGCACGAAAAGUUCAAAUCAGCCCAUAUUUAAUGUUCAGGCUUCUGUGAGGUGGACAGGUGUCCUUGCUAAAUGGUCCCGACCCGCUCACUUGGUCACUGCGAAAGCAAGUAUAUUGUACAUGUAUCUUUCCACCUACAUAUUUUGGUGGUAUGAAUUUUGGGGAUCAAUGGAUACCCAUUUACAUAUGCAUUUGUCAUAACCAGUAAUUCUGUUUUGAACGGUGUCCUAUUCGAUAUCAAAUGAUUGAAAUUUACGAGACUUCGUACGAAAAUGUGCAGUCUGUAGAAAUUUUAAUUGAUGCAAGUUGGCUACAUCGAAGGUGUCUGAAAUCGGCCCAAGCAAAACAGUAAUGCAGCUGUGUGCAAAGAAAGGAAUUUUACUUUAGAGCCAAAGGCAAUCGACCCUCUUAAUGAGGAAAGCUUUAUUUUGAAAUGUGCCAGGAAGAAAGCUUCGUCACCAUACGACUCACCGUCCCAUCGUGAAUACAUCGCCAUUCCACCAGACAGCUCUGACUGGCGGCAGUCCCUGAUAUUAAGGUGUUGAAAAGUGUGCGAUGACGAUCGCAUGGCAGGCAGUUAUAGUGUUUCUCCACCAGGGCUGUGUGUUUCAUUAAGCCUAAGUUGUUUGGGGUUCCAAAUGUGAGCUGACUGGCUCAAGCUUCUCUAAAAAGAAAUUCAGCAGCCAGUUUUGCAGUACGAUUGAACAAGAGAAGCUGUAGGCACUUGCGCCUGUACUUGUUGCUGCAAUUUUUUUUUAGCUUCGUAAUUCAGUGCCACUUUAAAAAAAUUAGCUGCUACUUCCUCAUUGUCAUUUUACUAUUCCAUCAUGUACUUGUGCUUGAGGGAUGAUUUCUGAUGUCUUGCAUGUUUGAAGUUCCUGCAGGAUUACUGGAAAAAAAAAUCUGACCUUGUCAGUGGCGAGAGUUAAGUGGCACUAAUCUCCACGCUUGCGUGCGAUGGUCUGAAUAUGUCGUUUGUGCCAGUGCAGUCAUUUCUGUUAAUGUGGCCAUCCCAUAGCUGCCAGUCAGGACUCCAGGUCCUAAUCUAAGGGAUUUGCAAGUUGCAAAGCUUUUGUCACUGUGCCUAGUUGCCUUCGUUUCGCACUGCGAGUGUGACUUGAAAAAUGAGUGGACUGAAAUGUUUUAUCAUCAUUCCACGCAAUGAUUCUAGUGAUCACGCAAUUGUGCCAAUUGAUUAUGUUAACGGUGGUGUGCAGCCAGGGAAACUGUCUAUUUUCCACAAUCAUUUCACUUGGGCAGAAAUUUCCCUGCGUCCAUCAUUGAUGUCCACUUUGUAAGUGCAAAGCUUGCCUGUGACGCCAUUAUUCUUAGCCAGAUGCCAAAUUUGCAAGGUUUCUGUCAAUUAUGCACCGAUUUGCACACUGAUGGAGUGUGCCAACACAUCCUAGCAUGUUUCCUCAUGGAAGAGAGUGCGCGAAAUGCAUUUGCAUUGAACAACGAAAGUACCAUGUGGUGAAGGUGUUUUUACAUUCGUAUGCAGCUUUAGGUUCAGCUGUUUAUGGUCUGUCAGCUGCACAGUUUUCCUUGAAAGUGCACAAUUCUAAUCCCCUGUCCAGAACGACCUCAUAGGAGGCGACUUCUGGCUCCUCGCGUUCACAGGUUGCAAUGUAGCGUAAUGCUUUACAAGAGGUUGCUCCCGUUGACACUGGCGAGAGGAACUGUCAUAUAAGCAGUGUGAAAAUACACUGUGUAAGAAAAUAUGGGUCUGAGCACAAGAAGCAAGUAGCUUCAGUACCAAAAUGGAAGCCAAGUUUACUAAUGAAGGGCCCACUACAGAGGCAAAUGCAACGGACGAUGAAAGCAGCGUCAAAAGUUCAAGAAUGGGCAUCAAAUGACUCUGAACGAAGAAAAAGAUCACUACUGAGUGCAGUUGCUUCCCUGUCCCGAAAGUAGUCCUGGCCGGUCAGCACAUUCCACUGCAUGCGUUCAACGUCGCAUCCCUGAAUUCUCACUGGCUUGGCUAUUUUUUGUCACCAUGGUGGCGCUGUUCUGUGCAGAUGCAAAUUGCUAGUUGGUACAGUAUGGUAAAUUUGAAUGGCAACAAUGCGGGACUUUGUUAGACCGCUGGUUGCAGAUGUCACUCAGAUGAAGUGGAGAUUGGGUAUUUAUCGCCUUACUGAGGGAUUUAUGGGCUGCAUUAGGCUGUGCUUGUCAAACUUGUCAGUUUACUCUUGUUGCAAUGUGUCAAUUAGAAAAAACCCAUCUAGGCAGUUCUUUUAAUUUUGAAGUCUCGAAAACGUUUAUUGCCCAUCCGCGGGUCAAACUUUGCUGAAAUACAUGUCAAAAGAUGCAAGAAAGCUUAUUUCACACACUAUUUGAAUGAGCAGUUUUUGUUUUCUUUCCUGUAUCUUUCUCUCUUCUUUUUUUUUUGCUGCUUUUAGUUUUGUUAAUAUUAAGGAAGAAGAAAACACACCAUCUGGUAUGAGGGAUGCUAGAAUGUUUUUGCAAGUAUUCCAUGGUGUAGUAUUGAGUUUGAAAGGAUUAAUGUUAUAUAUCUCACUCCAUCGUUGUUGGAUGGUGUCUGCAGUCGUUAUGGUGCUUUCUUGCAAACCAGCUGUGUUCACGCCUGACUAUAAGCCCAGUAGUUUUUGUAACAUUUUAUUGCACAGUCUCACGGGGGAGAGCCAUGAGGAAACAAAAGCUCGUAUAUCUCCUCUUAGUGCUGAAAAUCUCCUGGCUUGAUGCAUCAGAAGCAUAUUUCAUCAUCGACUCUCCUAGUUACCAGCUUGGCUCACUCACUUGGUUAGAUGCCUCAUUGCGUGCACGUUGCUUGCACAUUUUGCAAAUUACGUGAAUUGGAAUUGAGCAGUGGUGUCCUCGGCGAGUGUUUCGUUUUCUUCGUCGACCAUUGAGGACCAGCUCAUUUCAUUCAACAUGAUUGUAGCACUGCAUUUUAUUGCUGGUCACAUUGCUGUAGGACAUCACUAUUGGCCAUUAGGGCAGUUUAUAAAGCAGCUGUCUCAGUGACUGAUACAAACAUUCCCGUGGUUGUAACCCCAGGUUACUGGCGGCCAGUAAUUGAACGCAGUAUCAGCACAGCAUUUGCCGAAGCAGGCUAGUCGUUACUAGUGAACUGCACCUUCCUCGCAAGCUGCUUGAUUUAAAUGCCACAAUAAGUACUUGUAGACUGGUUAUUGACGUUGCUGUCAUAUUUGACGUUAUGAAGCUGUCAACUGGCCAUGCAUGAAUAAGUUACUUGCUCUACAUGUUACUGUAUAGAUGAGGCACGCAUGUGCAGUGGAGUUCAAUAUCACGCCGAUUGCGUAAUCGCUAAUUAAAUGAUUGGUCAGCAGUUGCUCAGCCAGUACAAGCACAGACAUUGGCUUCUGUUAUCUGCCUUGCAACUUUCAUGUGCUUGGCCUUGUGGGGCUUUGCCAAACGUAGAGAAGCAGUAAAGAGAAUAAUUUAAGCUGUACAAGUAAAUUACUCUUCUACAAUGUCAAAAAACAAAACAAAAAAAAAACUCUUGUCGUGAAUGGAGGCUUGAUAAGCCAGAAGAGACGGAAAAAAGAAAGGUGGGUGACAGCACCACCUUGAAAUUUCUGCACAAGCUAAUUGUGACGGUGAUGGCAUUGACAGCAUCUCUGCGAGCCCAGUAAAUUUUUUAUCAGUUAAAGUGGACUUGAUUGUAAAGUCGAACCUCAUUGUAACUAAGUCGCAUCUGACGUGAAAAUAGCUUCGUCAUACCCAAUAUUCGUUAUAAAUACAUAUAUGUUGCACUGUAAUAACAAUGAGAUAACUUGUUAUUUACUUAAUUAUAGCCAAUAAUUUGUUAUAUCUGUUCGUUAUGUCAUGGUUCGACUAUUAUAAAGAGUCACACUGUACUUGGCAUGUUUCAAUAACUUUUACCGAGCCAUAACAGCCCCCCCCCCCCCCCUCCCAAUUCGGUUAUGAUAUAAUACUAUUACAACUUUGACAUCACACUGAUAUACUGGCCCCUGAGGUUCUAAUGUGAAAUUAAAAAAAAAACUUUGACCAACAUUUUUCCUUUCAAAAAUUAACUUAUUACUGCAAGGUUAAUGAAAAGAGUUUUGAAAUAAUACUUUGAGCACUCUGAACUGAUGGAGUGUUUCUCUUUAUGGUCCUUUCAAGUCAAAAUUUACUCAAGCACACACAGCCUGUUUGAACUAAGCUGUACUGUACUGUAUAUGGAGUGCACAUGCCUUGUGCGUUUGCAUCGGCAUUGAAAAUGUUAGUGAAGCACCAGUCAAGUCAGCAAGUUUUUCACAACUUAGGUGCAUCACCUCAAGGUGAUGCACUGGGGUUUCAUGUGCUCAAGCACAUAAUUCCUGCAUUAGUUUUAUGCCACUAUAUUAGUCCUGUUAAUACUAUUGAAGAUAGAAUAGUACUGUUAAAUAUAGGGAGACAGUACUGUGGAUUAGAGAAUGAGGGUAGCUGAUAUUUUAGUUGGGAUUGAGAUGUAGAAAUGAAGUUGGGCAGGCCAUGUAAUGCAUAGGGCAGAUUACCCAGGUGGUCUGUUAGAGUUACGAACGGGUGUCAACACAAGGGAAGUACAGUCGAGGACGACAGAAAAUGAAGUGAGGAAAUUCGCAGUCAUAGGAUGGGGUCAUCUAGCACAAGACGAAGGUGACUGGAAAUCGAUGGGAGAGGCCUUCGUCCUCCAGUGGACAUAAAAAUAGGCUGAUGAUGAUGAUGAUCAAUCCUAAUGUAAGCACCAUUUUCUGUCUCUUACUCUCGAACUAGCAGCAUGUGUUUAGAAUCGUACGUUAAUGUUCAGUAAUGCACCUGCUUAUGGAGUACAGUUGGAAGAUAAAGCAGAGAAAUGGAUCCUAAUGAUAGGUGGUGGGUUGCUGAAUAUUGUAUUGGUAGUGUGCCGAUUAUUACAUGCAGAAGCAGCGACAGCUGUGUUAUUUUAUACUCGAUACCACACUUAGUAGUGUUUUGCAGUGCGAGCGUGCCAACACAGGCUGUCGCUCAGUCAGAGUUACUCCUCAAAGCAGCGACUGGAAAAUGGAAAUUACUAAGUGCCCUGUGUUCCUGCGCCUUGCAGGUGUGUUUGGUUGGUUUAUUGUUUCUCUAUGUAAUGGUGCAACCCAGAUUGAUAGGUUGGCCAUGAUCAUGCGGUGCGAGGGGGAGAGAGUAUAGAGGAAGUUUUGUGGAAUACAAAAUGAAACAGAACAAAUGAGUGGAAAUUUUGGAAUUGAGAGUCCUCCGAUACAUAUGCACAUUGAAUAAUAACCAUUGUCUAUGUUAUUAUGAAUGUUACUAAUAUCUUCUCAAAAGGGAAUAUGUUACAGUUUUGCAUCUUCCAGUCUUUGGCUGUGUGUUGCUGCUAACUUGAGCAGUUAAUUUUCAGGUGCAUGAUUUUUCAUCAAAAUACUAUUUUCUUGAAGGAAGCGGAAUGAGAACUAAAAGCAACUUAUUACUGAGGGUUUAUUUAUGGUUAUUAUUUGGGAGGACUUGUACUCUGUCUCCGCAUAUCUGUGCCACACAGCAAAAGGUACGGGUUGAGUUGACCAACCAGAGCAGAUGACCAGAAGAAGGGCUCCCCUGUUGUCCGGCUCCAAUCAACCUCCGUGCAACGCUGACUGAGGGAUUAGCGGUGCACAGUGGGCGAGCCCUCCUGCUUUCUUGAAGCACACAACCAGCUCUCGUUACUGAUUGGCUGACGGGAAAGCCCUAGCCUUUGCUGCAUUGUACGGAGUAGUAGUGGCGGAGUAGUUCUGAACAGGGUCUAACAGCUAGUCUUGAGCGUCCUAUUGGUGAUUACGACAAGAAUCUAAAUGGUUGUGUGUGUGGGCGUUAUGUUUACAAAGUGUUAAACAGCUUGGUUGAUUUUAGUCUAUAUGACACGCUCUCUCUGGUUGUCCUUUCUUUUAUUUUUUUCCCCCUUCUUGGAUCCUGUGCAGGUGUCUGUAUUGCGUAGAGGUGUUAAAUGUUGCCAUCUUGCGAAACGUUCUUUGGCUUGCUACUACUGCCUUGAAUGCUGUAUCUUUCCUGCGUGUCGAGUGCACGUUGAGCUCUUUUCAUGCCGCUAUGACUACGCAGGCUAUCAGAAGUAUGUACAACAAGGAAAUGUCGCAUGCCCCCAUUUGCGUCGCACAAUAUGUGAAACGUGCUGAUCGAAGCUAACAGGACCUGGCUUGCGGCCAUAACUUUAGUAGUUUGAGAGGUUGUGAUCCUUUGUUUUGCAGUGUGGGGUCGGUAAUUUCUUUGCUUACUGCUGUUCUACCGACUUACCUUACAAUGGUCGUCGUAGAAAAUUUGUUGUCAUUCUGUUUACUUUUUUGUUACAUUCACAUUCUGUUGAGAUGAUACAGAAUAUUGUGCAUGAUUUUUGCCCGGAGUUGUGCCUCUUGAUUCACAGCCACGUUGUACAUGGCCAAUUGCGAAUUAACCAGAAAUGUUCUUGUCAGAGUGUCAUGUUUUGAGAACAAAUCAUACUGACAGCACACGUCGAGAACCCUGUACUCUUCUCACUGUCGCUCCUGUCAGAGCUGCACCUUCUGGAUAUUCUCAUGGCUUUGCUGUCUGCUAUUACGCACAUGUGGCUACACAUGCAGAGGUAUUUUAUUUUAUAUUGACUCAGGCUCCUAAUUCACAUCUGAUGUAAUCGGCCACUAUUGUCAAGGGCCCUCCUCUUUUUCCUUUGACUUUUAUUUUGGUUUCUGAAGGAGAGUUUAUAGUGUAUAGUGCAUCUAUUGGACCAGAGUCAUGUUUCGCCAAUGCAGGCGAGUGUGAUGCCUCUUCUCAUCUAUCUUGGUAUUGAUCCAUGUGUUUGUAUAUGGUUAGCAAACGCACAAUGCGACAUAUGUAUAGUUAGUGAAAGUAUGAAAGAAUUUACGUACACAUGUGCACAACAAGGUGAAACCUGUAACCGUGUGUGUUAUCCUGUUUAUCGAAGCAGGUUGCUAGAAGGCGCGGGCCACUGCUUGUUUUGGUCACGCCAGAGGCCGCCAACCUGAUGCUUAACAUAGUCACAGUGGGUGUUGUGGGGCUGUCUCAAGUAGGUGAUCACUGUUCUUGCUGCUGGCAGUUGUCGGGAGUGUGGGGAGCUGCUUCCAGAAAGAUGUGCUUGAGGCUCUAACAGCUGUGCAGAUGAUAUUUAAUUAGGGGUGUGCAAAUAAUAGUCUUUGCUAUUUGAUUCGUAUUUGAUUUGAGAAUUCACUAUUUGAAGUUGUAGAAUAUUACUUUUCGCUUGAAUACUAUUAGGGACACCAACUGUUGUUGCAGUCUACAAGAAGAAAGACUGAUGUAAUAAGUGGUCAUUAAGUCAUUACGGUCGUAGUCAUUGGUGUGCCAGAUGCAUUCACCUUUUCACUGUUUCUCAUUUACAAGCCUCUUAAUUGACCUGACAUCCAGUUGUUAAAGGCAAUAUGGGUACACAUAAUAUAAAUGUCUUCUUUUUCUUUUGCCAACGGGACUUCCAGAGCCUUUGUAUUUUGCAUUGUUUAGUAAGAACAUAUUUCCGUAUUCGAUUCGUUAUGUGUAAGUUGCUUUUCUCUCAUAUAUGUAUUCAAUUAGAAAGUUUUGCCAUUUGAACACCUUUAUUAAUAAUAUGAUAAAUCGGCUGUUUAAAUGGUCCAGGUGGUGCAGAAAUUGGCUUUGUUUCUGUUUAAGGCCUAAAUGGAUGAGCAGUCAGUUAGUAGGCAACAAGUUUGUUUGUUUUUAGUUAUGUGUCUGGCAAUGUCCAUAAGGACGCCAAAUGGAGUGAUGAUCAUGGAGCAGUGAACUGUAUCUUACCAUAGCACUAGGUUCAUUGCAUGACUAUGUCACUGGUAACAUAAUGCCAGUGUUCAGGGGGCGGUGUUGUUCUAAACUUGCCAUUGCGUUUUGGCAUUUUGUUACAUUGCCCCCAAGUUUAUUGACUCGAAAGGUUAAGUAGAUGCAAUGCAUAAAAGCACACUGUACCAAAAUUGUUUAUUUUUUUGCUGCUAAAGGUUAGCUAGAAGAAUCCACCAUCCCAAGCGCUUUGUUUAUGCCAUCGUGAUCUGUUUGGCUGCAAAUAUGUGGGUCAAACUUGAUUAGGACGUUUGUGAAAUGGCAUCAGCUUACAUUCAGCUGAGAUGCAGCGCAUGUUGGCAUCUUCAAGUGCACGUCUUCCUGGGAGCAAGCUCCAACUUGGUGGUUUGCCAAUGUAAUUGACUGUCAUGCAUAUUGAGUGGAUGUGUGAUGCCGCAGGCAUCCUGGUUUAUUACUAGCCUCCUAUAUGUCGACGUGUUUCCUCAGGGUGUUCCAUCUAGUGUAAAGUUUGUUGGCGUUGAGCAUGUGGGCAGUGUUUGUAUGAGUGAGGCUGUGUCUGGGAAUAAUUUUUUUGUUUUGUUUGGUCUUACCAGUGGGACAUGUUGCAUUGAACAAAUCUAUUGCUGCUUCCCUUCAUAGCUACCAUUGUGGAUAUGACAUGCUUGAAGCACGGGUCAAGGAUUCAUGUUGAAUCAAGCUAAUUGCAGUCAGGAUGCAUAAAGUUUCUUUCACCAUGGGUUACAGACGUGAUAACUGAAGUAACCCUUGCAAAUGGAAAUUUUACCUCUUCUAUACUUCUAUACCUACUGGUGCUGCACUGUUGCAGAGAAAGGGACAGUCAGCCGUCCUCCAGAACGGCAGUUUUCGUUCCUCUAACGACCUCUUCUUCUUUGUUUUCCACUCCUCCUUUCUAUGCACUUCAUCUUUACUAUAUAGGUUGUCCCAACUGACGUUAGCCAAGCUGUUAUAGGAAGAAAAGGAAAAAAAAAAUGCGGUGAUAUAGAGACGCUUAUAAGACUUCUGGUGUUCAUUCAUCAGAGGUUAGAAGACUGAACACUGUCAUAUAACAGUAUCUUUUACUGUGUCUUUUUCUUCGUCAUUUUCUUCUAGCACGUUGGAUAACGUUAGCUGGGACACAUGGUAUAUAUCAUGAGCAGAUAACAGAAGGUAACCCCAACCAGACGCAGGCACCCCCCCGCAUGCAGAAGCCGCGCUCACGCCGACAGUGCCCACACGCGCAGGGUUUUCGUGUUUCUGCACACACGUCUUGUGCAAGAUGUACAGAGUGACACAGUGUUCCCGGCUGUUCUCCUUGACUGUAUACGAGUGGUUCACUGGCGCACAUGUGGCCCGAAAAGCGUAUUAUCCGCGCUCAUCCAUGCGUUCUCGUUUCCUGGAGCGACUGUCGUUUUCGAUAUGCGUCUGUUGUCGCGGUAGCGCCACUUCUAUAUAUGACGCUGCGGCUUUCUUUUCCUCGUUUAAUUUAUAUAAAAAGGAGAUGAAAACGAAGUAAAAAAAAAACAAUAAAAGGAUGAAAAGUUUGA